AGACCAAUAUAAAUACCGGUGCGAGUGUGGCAAGGCCUACCUUCACUCAGCAUCUCUCUACAACCACAAGACUUAUGACUGCGGGAAGGACAGGCAGUUCGCUUGUCCUCAUUGUUCUUACAGGUCCUCGAUGAAAGGCAAUCUGAAACGACACGUCACGAUUAGACAUAUGGAUCUACUCAGGGAUCAAAUGGUGAAGAAUAUGGCAGCCACAGUGUAGGACUCCUGAUGUAUGAUGGGCGAAUGUCAAUUGUCUCUGUAAAUAAAUGUUUGGUUUGUGGCAUCUGGGAGAAACUGGUAAUAGAGGGUGCCGGACAGAAACAGCUGCAACAGCAGGCGCAGGGACAGUUUCGCUGUGAAUGUGGAAAAACUUAUCUUCAUUCAGCAUCUCUGUACAACCACAAGACAUACCACUGUGGAAAGGAUCGGCAGUUCGGGUGUCCCCAUUGCCCCUAUCGGUCAUCACAGAAGGGUACACUAAAAAGACACAUGUUUGUCAAGCACUUGGAGGUCUUUCAGAAGUCAGGAGGAAGUGAUUUAGAGAAUUUGUUUGAUGGUGAGAACAAUCAAAUAACAGGUCGCCGUAGAGGGGUACACUAAACUGACGCGUUAGCCGAGUAUGAGUCUUGAGUAGUGUUUGGAGAAUUAAUUUGAUGGCAAGGAUCUCUCCAUACACUGAGUAUUGGGGAGACCCAAAUUGGAUCUAACAUUUAUAACGUUUACAGUUGUUUAUGGAGAGUUAUAUUGGGUAGGUUGUGCCCAUGAUGAAACUUUAUGGUGAAACUUUUAGAAAGUUUACUUCAGUGAACGAUCACAGGGCAUAAAAUAAUACUUAUUGAAUGAAUGAGAGGCAAUUUUCUCUACUGCAAAAUGUAAAAAAAGUGUGCCGUGGAAAAUAUGUAUUUUAAAAAAUUAUCAUAUUUGUGACACCUCAUUUUAAAUUAAAGGUCUCAUCAAAUAAGGUGAAUGAAUGUUGAAAAAUGGUGUCUAGUUUUUAGUCCAUGACACCACUCUGUGCAUAUUAUUUUAUGUUCUAUGAAUAAAGUUCUUCUGAUUGAUUGGUAAAAUCUAGUGGGCUUUGUAGUCAUUUUCCAAAAUGGCAGUCUAUUAAAAUGUUUUGUUUAAUGUUAGGUCAAGAGCAAUAAAAGUGUUUGUUAGUUUGACUUUACUGUCUUAACAUUGUUAAAGUAAAAAUAUUUAUAUUUAUUUCAAACUGAUGUAAAGAAUUGCCCUCCAGUUACCUGUGAGAUCUUUUUAUUUUGAUACGUUCUAGUUGUAUUUUGAUAAGUUUUUAUAAUUUUUUAUAAAAAACAUAUUCAUGUAAGCAAUUUGACCAACAAUUGUAAUUAAAUUACUUAGGUUAAAAGUAAAAAUAGAUAUGCUAAAACUUUAAGACCUUUAAAUGAGGUAUCUCAAGUGGUAUACUGGUAUUUAAAAAUAUUGAGUUACCUCUCCUGCACUAAUUUUAAGAAGAUAACAAACUGUUUUCAAACUCCUAGAACAAUUAUGUGUGCCCUGUAAACGUGCCCUGUAAAAGAAAAAGUUACUAAUUUUCCACUAAUUUAGUUAAUUAAUAUGGGAAGGGAGAGGCUAUGAACAAAUUAGGUUCUUCCCAUUACCAUUUCUAGAAGAGACUCAACCCCUUAACAAACAAGCAGUUGUUCGUUUACUUUAAUUUAGUUUCUUUAGAUAAUAACUGUACUAUUACAACAAUUUCUAGAAUUGUUUAUAAAUGUCAUUAUUUAAAAUUGCACUGUUCAAAAUUCAUAUAAAUUAUGCUUAAGUUAAGUAUUGUAAAUUAAUUUUAAAUAACAUCAAAUUGACUGAAUAAUUGGCACUAUUACAUUGAUACAAACUAAAAUUCUAGUACGAUAAUAAAAUUUAGAUUUACUUGUGUGUGACUAGCAAAAAUUUCACAAUUAGGGUGUUUUGUUUUUAUCAGUUAAAUUAUCAAUUUAUCAAAUAAUUAUUGUCAUCCAUUAUAGUAGGAAAAAUUUACAAAUUGUCCAAUAGUUUUUAAAUGUAUUACAUGUAGUCUUUCAAUAUCAAAGAUGCUAUCGUCAAAUGUGAAUGCAAUAAUUUUAGACUACUGAAAAUAUUACUUUGUAAUAUAUUUGUAUCUGUGCAGUUUUUAAAAUUGAAACUAAAUUAUUAUUAACUAUUUUAUUUUUAUGUUUAUAAGCAUCAUAAGCAUGUAGUUCUUCCUCUUUUAAAUUGAAGUUAAUAAUUUAAAGAUUUUUAAAUAUGGCCGGAUUCUAAAGCAAUUUUGGCCUAGAGAAAUGUUUGAUGGCAUAUUUGAUGUUGAAAUAUAAAAUGUAAUAUAUUUACUGUAAUAAAUAUAACAUCAUUAGAUAAUUUGUGAAAUCUUUUUACUUACUAGUAAUCUAAAGUAAGAAAGAGGUUCUUCUUGAAUAUAUUGUCAUCUUAUUUAUAUUGUCGAGUGUUGUAUAUAUCUUGAUAUUAUUUCAUCCUUCUUUCUAUCAUGUAUUAAAUUAUUAUUAUUGUUAUUAUGCAUUAUUGCUGUUCCUCCUACCAAUCACUAGACAGUGCCUUAGCUAUUGUAUCGUAUCGUUUCAUUCACUGACAACAAGUGAAGUGAAUUGUUUUGUAUACACCUUGGCUUAAUUAGUAAUUGGCCGUUUCUCAUAGUAUUAAAUAUGCUGUACUGAUAUUUUUAUUAUGAAUUUAAUAUAAUUCUUUAAUUAAAACCUGAGCCAGUAUUAAGUAAAUUUGCUCACUUUUUAUAUUUAGUUUUUUAUGUUAAGUGUUCAUAGAUUUUGUAUUUUAAUAAGUUACAGAAUUUCACGUUAAAACGAUUCCAUGUUAAUUCUGUAGGUCUAGUUAAUAUUUCUGUUUAGUUGUGAUAGUUGAACAUUGCAUACUGUUGUAAAUAAAUACUUUUUAUCAAGAAAAACAACCAAUUUAUUGUUUUAAAGAACUGUUAUUUCCCUAUGUUAGUCCAACAUUUAAUUGCAUUUUAGAAAGAUUUAAAACAUUCAAAGUUAGACAACACACAAAAGUUAUAUUUACAUACAUAUUAAAUAUGGAGUAGACUUCUUUUUCAAAUAGUCCGUAAUAUUUUUGCUUUUUUUGUUAUCAUAAUGGAUUUUAACAAACAUAUAAAAGCUUGGAUUAACCAAACAAAACUGUAAACAAAUAUAAGUACAAAUAAACAGGAAUAUGAGAACACAUGAUUAAAAGCUGAGUUGUAACUAUUCAUGGACAGAGAAAGAAUAGCACAAUAAUAUACUGACCAAUAGACAUCAAAUGUUUUUAAAUAAUUGUGUGAUUACUGGAUUUCUAAAACAAAUUUUAACACAACUUGCAUUUCAAGAGUCUCAUACAUCUUGAUUAAAACUUCUAUGAUACAUUUUUCAAAGCUUUGGAAGUUUGUACCAAAUACUUACCAAAGUGUUGUAAUCUAGAAUAAUGCUCUUUGUGAAGUUCAUAUUAAUUACACAUUGACUGAAUCUUUAAACAUUGCUGUGCGGUAGCAUUUAGUAAAUAUUUUUCAUCAUUCCAUUUUAGCAAAACAAAGUGAUUGGUUUCUUAUUGUAUGUUAGAUUGUUAAUUAUGAUUCUUGUUGAAGUUGUUAGUGUCCCAACUAUUGUCUUUUGUCCUUGCAGAUAUGCUGCGGACCAUGCCCAAGGAUAAUGAACGGCGCUACGCCUGUACAUGCGGUAACACGUACAAGCUUGCCUCGUCUCUUCACAAUCACAAGAUGCAGUGUGGGAAACCUCGCCAACAGGCUUGUCCCUACUGUCCUCACAUUGCUCGAUAUAAAGGCAAUCUGAAGAAGCAUGUUCUGGUUAAACAUAUGGACUACUAUUCUGAUUUCUUAGAACAUUCAAAGUAGCUGGACAUCCUAUAUGUACUUCAAAUAACUCUAAAUGUAUUCUGGGGACAUUUCGUUAAAGCAAGAGGGGUUUACAAAAGCUUUGUUUUUAAUUUUUAAUAAUCGGAACAUUUUCAUUUAUUUUGAUUGGAAGUUAAAUUUAUUAUUUUGGAAAAACAUUUUUAAUAUUUAUAUACAUUUAACUUGAAAGCAGUGUGUUCAUAAUAUAAAAACCUUAGUUUGCAUUUCUUAAUUAAAAUAACUACAGUUUCAUACUUUUAGAACACGAAACUAAAAUAAAUCGGAAUAUAAAACAAAAUUAUAGAUUUGGAUAAAAAUUUUGUUGUGAAAAGAACAUUAGACAUUGUGUUUUUCAAUGUUUCAAAUUAUUUACGCUGCAUACAUUAUUUUACUGUACUUAUAUUUAACAAAGAACCAUGAAAUCAUGAAAUUAAUUAUUAUAUUAUACAAUGAACUGCACAAUAACCAAAGACGUUUACAAACAAUUCAAUAAUUAUUUAUAUUAUUAAGUUUAUUUUUGUCUGUUGUCGAGAAGCUGGCGGAACGCGCACACGCACUUUCAAGUGUGACUGUGGGAAGGAGUACCCAUACGCUGCGUCACUGUACAACCACCGUACUUACCAUUGUGACAAGUCAGCCCAGUUCUGCUGUUCCUUCUGUCACUACCGCACCCACUACAAGGGGAACCUCAAGAAACAUCAGUUCCUCGUCCAUUCGGAGAGGCACUGUGCGGAAUAAUACUUUUCUCUGUUUUUAAAUACAGUAUUUUACUUA